CUGAUUUCAUGAAAUUGAGAUCAAAGAUUUCCUUAUCAUUUUCCCACACACAAAGAGUAAAACUCAGAAAUGGCUAGCCUGGCAAGCACGAUGUUCAGCGCCGCGGUGGUCCCCCGCAAGCCGGCAUUCGGCGGCACCAGCCUCCGUUCCCUCCCGAACCUGAAGCAGGCGGCUCUGUUCGGGCUGAAGUCGAGCAGGGGAGGAGGAGCGACGUGCAUGGCGACGUACAAGGUGAAGCUGGUGACUCCGGAUGGAGAGGUGGAGUUCGACUGCGACGAUGACGUGUACAUCGUGGACCAGGCGGAGGAGCAGGGCAUUGAUCUGCCCUACUCGUGCCGCGCGGGGUCCUGCUCCUCCUGCGCCGGGAAGGUCAUCAGCGGCACCGUCGACCAGUCCGACGGCAGCUUCCUCGACGACGAACAGAUUGAAGCCGGCUGGGUGCUCACCUGCGUCGCCUACCCCACCUCCGACGUCGUCAUCCACACUCACAAGGAAGAUGAAAUUGCUUAAUUCAUUCUCUACUCUGUGUCUCUCAUGAGUGUAGGCUUUGCUGUCUCAUCGAAUUGAACAAUACAGACCACUGAUUUCAUAAUAAGGGAGAGUAAGAUACAAUUUGUUUUCUUGUACUCUAUUUAUGCCUCUCUUUUCCUCUACUUACACCCGGAGUGACGGCUCAAUUCAUAUCUUGUUGAUUUUA